UGCUGGACCACCUACCAUUAUACAUAGUAUUUUACUGACAUACGAGCAUUUGCGUGCAUCAUCGACUAAAAUUUAAAAUUAAUGCACCGACCAGUCCCACCCAUGAAAAGGAAGAGAGCGUGCAAGAAUAAGAAGAAGAAGAAGAAGAAGAAGAGGUUAUUGCUAGCUACCUAAUUCAGCAGGAAAGAAUUCUUGCUUUUAGAAAGGUUCCCAUCAAUUUCUCUAUACUCUUUAUCUUAAUCUCUUCUGGCAGGGAACAUUCUAUCAUCAAAAUGUAAAGAAAGCGCAAAGCUUUUAUAUAAUGAUUGCCUAGUUUACAUCCACUAAACCUGACACUCACACACAGCCCCUCUGCCAUUAGCAUCACAGCCAUAAAAUAAACCGACAGGGAAGGGAAUUAUUGUUAACUCUUCUUAACAAACCACUACACAUCAACUAGAUAAGGCACAAAUAAUAUUUCACUUAAAAGUGCUUGUUAGUGUAGUAUAAUAUUGAAUAUUCUGGGCAACUUUUAAACAAUGAGAAUACAGGUGGAGUGAGGAGAAGGUGGUGCUUUUAUGAAUUGAAGGUAACCAAUUAAUUGUGCCUGUUUCUGUAAGCAUGCAACUAUAUAAACUGUCACUAACCACCCCAAUCUCAAAGGGCUACCUAAAACUCAAUACACUAGUUCAGAAAUUUUAUUGACGAAAGAAUAAGAGUCGAAGAUGAAGAAGGCCAGGCCCUUCUCUCCCAUAUUGCACUUUGUGUUUUGGCUUCUGAUUUUCAUUUCUUUCUCAACCUUGUCAGUUGGGGCCAAAAAACACCGUAUCAGCAAAAGCAAAUUGCAUAAGAAUAAAACUAAGGAUGAGAAGCAAAAUAAGCCCCCACGUUGUGCAACCGCUCCAGCACCACCUCCUGGCACAUAUCCAACUCAAUCACUGGUAUUUAGCAUUUUAUCGUAUGGAGCAAAGGCUGAUGGAGUUUCCGAUGACUCUAAGGCACUGCUAAACGCCUGGAGAGCUGCAUGCAAGGUAACAGGAGGUGUCGUUCACAUACCAUCAGGCUUGACGUAUCUGAUCAAACCGCUCACACUUCAAGGGCCAUGUAUGCCAAACCUAGUUUUACAGAUGGAUGGGACUAUUUUGGCCCCUCCAAAAAUCGGGUCAUGGCCAAAAUCCAGUUUGUAUCAGUGGAUAAACUUUAAGUGGCUCCAAAAUUUCACCAUCCAAGGUGUGGGCAAAGCAGAUGGCCAGGGUUCAAACUGGUGGACUCCACAACUUAAUCAAAUAAAGAAAGGCAAAAAAGUUCCAUACAUGAAACCAACUGCAUUGAGAUUCUACUCAAGCUGCGAUGUCACAUUACGUGAUAUAAGGAUCAUAAAUAGCCCUUUGUGUCACCUAAAAUUUGACAACUCUAAAAGAGUAGUUGUCAAAAAUGUCACCAUAUCUGCACCAGAAAGCAGCCCAAACACCGAUGGAAUUCACCUUCAGAACUCACAAGAUGUGGAAAUCCUGCAUUCUGAGAUUGGGACGGGAGAUGAUUGUGUGUCCAUACAAACAGGUUGUUCCAACAUUCAUGUCCAUCAUGUAAAUUGUGGCCCCGGACAUGGAAUAAGUUUAGGAGGACUAGGGAAAGAUAAGAGUACAGCAUGUGUCUCAAAUAUCAUUGUCGAGAAUAUCACAAUGAAGAAUACCCUAUAUGGUGCAAGGAUUAAAACAUGGCAGGGUGGUCAAGGCUCAGUUAAGAAUGUGACAUUUUCCAACAUCCAAGUCUCUGAUGUUAAGGUUCCGAUAACUAUUGAUCAGUACUACUGUGACAAAAGCAAGUGCAAGAAUCAAACAGGGGGCGUGGCAAUAUCAGGAGUUACAUUCAAUCAAAUAGUAGGGACAUAUUCAGUGCAGCCUAUCCAUUUAGCCUGCAGCAAUUCUAUUCCAUGCACAGAUGUUAACCUGAUUUCUAUCCAACUAGAACCCUCUCCACAAAGCCAUGGAUUUCAUGAAGCCUUGUGCUGGAAUACUUAUGGGAAAUCAUUAAGCCCGCUUGCUCCCACAAGCAUGGACUAUUGUGUGAGAAGUGGAAGUGAUGUUGUGAAGAGAAUAGCAAGAUCACAUAGUAUUCCCUGUUGGUAAAUAACAGCUUCAGAAUAUUGCACCUGGAAGUCUUUUGCUUCCCUUCAGCAGGAUGUUGAACUGCAAGAAGGUGAUGGAUUUGCUUGAUUCCGGUGUAACUAAAAUAAUUUAUGUUGGAAUUUCCU